AUGCAGUAUAUAGAGUGAACUAGCAGUAUGAAUAUCAUUUAAUUUUUCAAUAUUUAUUUUAUGUAAUUGUAAAAUUUUAGUUUAAUGGCUUUAAUUCCUCACGCAAAUUAUGGACCUUAUCACUUGGAAAAUGAGACUACUGGUGCCAUGUUUGUUACUCGCCAUUGCUGCCAAUUGUGCGUCAAGUGCCCGUAUACUCGCAGUGUUGCCAAGUCCCGCCAAGAGUCAUCAGUACGUCAACCAAGCCACCCUCAAGGCCCUGGCUGCCAGAGGACAUCAGAUCGUCAGCUACUCGCCGUUAACUUUGGACAAACCGGUACCCAACUACACGGAAAUACAUAUUGAAAACAAGAUGGCAGCUGGAGGUGGACAAAUGUCAUUGGAGGUUUUCAUGAGCUUUCUAGAUGCAUCUCCUGUAGGAGGUGCAAAGCUUUUAUGGAAAUAUACUGACGUAGUUUUGGGAAAUACAUUCAAAGAUGAAAACAUUAAAAAACUCAUCGAUUCCAAUGAAAAAUUUGACUUGGUAGUCCUGGAAACGCUGUUUACCCAAGAAGCCGUGGUCGCUUUUGGACACAGAUUCAAAGCACCCGUAGUAAAUGUUCACACAUUCGGAUCUUUUGGCCCAGUGAACAGUGUUUCUGGAAAUCCCCUCUCACUAGCGUACAUACCGGACUAUUCUUUUCCAUAUUCGGACCGAAUGUCAUUGUACGAGCGGUUUCUCAAUGCCUACUCCGUGUUGAGCUCUCUUCAUUACUACUACUCCACACACUUACCUAUUCAGGAAGCCAUUGCCAGAUCUGCUUUCAAGGACCCAUCGAUGCCGCCCUUGGUGGAUAUGCUGCUCAAUACAUCGCUGACCGUCACCAACAUCAACCCCUACGCUCACUACAGCCACCCCAACUCUCCCAACGUGGUCCCUGUCGGAGGAAUCCACUUGUCAUCGGAAAGGAAGCCUUUACCGGAGGCUUUGAAAAAAUUUCUGGACGAUGCAAAACAAGGGGUUAUCUACUUAAGUCUUGGAUCCGUCGUGCCAGAAAAUAUCCUUCCUCAAGAAUUCUUCGACAAUUUUAUCAAUGCUUUUCGAAGACUUCCUUACAAGGUGUUAUGGAAGACCACAAUAAGUAUAACGCAACUGCCCGAGAAAAUUUUGACGUCCAAGUGGAUACCUCAACAAGAUGUACUUGCCCAUCAGAACAUAGUGUUGUUCAUCACCCACGGAGGGUUGCUCAGUCAGCAUGAAGCUAUCAACGCCGGGGUUCCGGUGAUCUGCAUCCCCAUCAUGGGCGACCAGCCGAUGAACGCCAAGUUUUACGAGGCUCGAGAGGUCGGUGUAAAGUUAAACUUUAACGACCUCUCUGAAGAAACCAUUUACACGGCCGUGACGACAGUUUUAAACACGACCAAAUACAAGGAUAACAUGGCUAGACUAUCACAUUUAUACCGGGACCAGCCGAACUCUCCUGCAGACAGGCUGGUGUUCUGGGUGGAGUACCUCCUGAGGCAUGGCGGAGCUCCCCAUCUUCGUCCUGCCUCAGCAUUGCUGCCGUGGUAUCAACUGUACUUGAUAGAUAUUCUGGUUCUUCUAGUAGCCACUGCUUUAGUCUGCAUUCUUUUUACGUACUUUAUCAUUAGAAAAAUAUAUAGGUUAAUAUUUGUGAGACAAAAGUUUGAAGCAUUUUCCAGUAGCAAGAAGAAGAACUAGGAUAGUCUAUGUCAGAAGUAAUUUUAUUUAUAUUGUAUCGUGAAGACCUCAGGAAAUUUAAGCUGUAAGAUGUAUUUAUUUUAUAAUUGUUUAACUAUAUUGUAUGUUAUGCACAUUAUUUUAGUUCGUAACUACCUAACACCCUUACUUCAAAUUAGAUCCAUUUUACCUUUUUGAGGAACUUAAAAUAACGAUAACAUGAAUAAUGUUUUUUAGUUUGUUCCUCGGAUCAGAUCCAUACAAUAUUUUCACUAUGCUACCUCUUAUUACAACAAUGACAACAACAAACUAGUUAUUUUAGGUUUUAAAUGUUAUAACAAUUCAACAUUUUUAUAAUUCCAACAAUUAAGUUGGUUUUAGUUAGUGAAUUUUCUCAUUUUAAGAAAGAAAUUAAAAAUGUAUAUUAUAUUAAAAUAAUGUGACCCAAGUAUUUGUACAAGUCCAUACAAUAUUUUCACUAUGCUACCUCAUAUUAAAACAUUAUUACCUCUUAUUAUAACACCUCUUGUUUUGGAAUUAUUACAGUUUGUACAUGUUGUGUAGUCGUUAUUAUGUAAGCUGAGAUGAUAUUGUGUUGAAUUUUUUUAACAUGUCUUAAUUAAACUGAUCAUUUUGCAAA